UUGGACACGUCUAAUUGAACCCUACGCAGGCGGCAAAACUUAUGUGGAUUAAAAGCUCUUAAUGCGCAUUUAAUGCUUGUCCUGGCAGACGGCCGUAACUGCAUUUACGUGUCAUAAGCCCACGGGUCCAAUACAAUAUUCGCAAUGCUCUCAUUUUUCUUAUAUCUUCGUAUAUUUCCUUCAAAUUUACAAUUCGAAUGUUCAUCCAAAAGAAUAGCAAACGGCAACUCUCUUGUUUUGUUCUGGAGUCUCAGAGAGUAACUAGGUGUUACCUUGAAGGGGCUAGCCGCUAGCGCCAAAAUUACACUCAGUCGCUCUCUUGUUCUCAUUUGUGGGCUAACGAGAGUGUUUUAACCCUUUGCCGACACUGCCCUGCCCGAACAAUUCAACAAUUAGUUCGACACACCAACGACCAAACGGUUGGUGGCAACAUUAUAUCUUUUAGUAUUCUCUUGUGAAUGACUGAGAGUUGUUGUUUGUAAUCGAAGUAAGCGCGAGUGUCCGUAUGUAGCAGGUACCGAACGGAUGGAGCAAAACAUUAUUAAGUGUUGCUUGUGAAUGUGGGAUACAUACGCACGUACACACCAACAAAAAGUGUACCCAUAAAAAGUAAAUAAACGAGCUUCCUCCCAUCCCGGCCGUGUGCUGCGACUUCUUUCGUAUACUAGCAUAGAUGUACCCUGCGCCCUGACUGUCGGUCCGUGGUUCCGCACUCAAAUGGAUAAAUCAAAUCAAACUCCACUUAUAACCCCAAGUAGAAAAAAAUACACAAUUACGGCGUCGAUGACGGUUAUGGUGUCGUUGUUGGUGGUUGACAUCGGUUUAUGUUGUUUGUUUGUUGUCUGAGAAUUGUCGUCUUCGCUCUGAACUGUUAAUGGUCGUGUGAGCUAACUUACGUCAACUAGUUGCUUUAUUCUCGUAGCCUCGAAUGCUAAAGAUCGCGCGUGUGGUUGUGUGUGAAUUUAGUUUCGUACGAAUGCAAAUUGUAUUGAUGUACGUACAUACAUACACGUAAAUGUGAGUCUGUAUGUACAUCCGUACAUAUGAAUACCGCGAGUGAUAUGCAAGUUCAUCGGCCAAUGCAAUAGAGAACUAUUGUUAUGUUCAAGUUAAUGAAAUGUUCUCCCGAAAGGAAAGUGACAGUGUUUAUAAUAUGACAUAUACCUAAAUAUAUGUACCAAUCAAUAUAUGCAUGUAUGCAUGAAUAGCUCAAUUUGAAAACGAAAACAAAUAACUAAAAUAAUCGACCGAAACUGCUUCUUCAAACAACAAAUCUCAAUAAUCGUAUAUCUACAAUAUCAACAGAGCCAAGACCUUAUUGAACGCGCGUCGUGCUGUAGCAGCUGUAGGCGACGCAUUUUCCCCCUGUCUUUGGAUGUCAUCCGAAUGAUAGUGAGCGAUGCUUCUGCCUUCGGGGCGUUCGAAUGGCGAUGUUCAUGCAGCGGCAAGCAAUAGCAAACUGGGAAUCAACUCACUGACAAGAGCUUCUUCAACACAGGUCAGUAUAAAUCCGCAUAGGGAAACAGAAAAUGUUGGUGUUCACUUAUCGGCAGCGCCAUCAUCACUCACAAACCCUUCGCAAAUCAGGAAUAUUUCUUCAUCGGCUCCAACGUCAACACUUUCGACGCCAGCUUCACAUUCACCGCAAAUACACAUCACGUCUUUACCAACCGCAGGAGCCAUGCUGCUCUCUAAUUCACCAGGAAGUCAAAGUGAAACGGGUACAGCAACAUCUGGUCGCUGCACGGACGGCGCUAAGACGACGUUCAUGACCAAUGGGAAUGCCAGUGCCAGUGUUGGAGUUUUGACUGCAGUAACGCCCGCCACAAUCGGAAAUUGGGCGGAGAUCGAUCGGCAUUUAGAAGUCUUGCAGGCGAGUCUGAAACAAGGUUGGACUGUUCAUUUGGGCAAAGAAGGACGUCUCUAUUAUUGCAAUCAUGUUACACAAACGUCGGGAUGGCUGCCGUCUUGUGAGGACUGGAGUAGGAGCGAAGAGCUUCCCUAUGGCUGGGAGAGAGCCAUCGAUUCAAGGGGGCGAACGUAUUUCAUAAACCACUUGAACAAGACAUCAACUUAUGAAUCGCCGGAAUGUGUAAUCUGGGAUGAGAAACCACCGGAGCCACGAGUGGUCGUUCUGCAAAGAAGUCCUACCAUGGGCUUCGGGUUUGUGGCUGGCAGCGAACGGCCAGUGAUUGUUCGCUUUGUCACCGAAGAUGGGCCAAGUAUGAAUAAACUUCAACCUGGUGACCAUAUUCUUGCUGUCAACGGCGAAGAUGUUACAGACGCACCCAGGGAUAGGGUUAUACAGUUGGUGAGGGCUUGUGAUGCACAGGUGACACUCUCGGUGUGUCAGCCUGUUCCGAGUCGAACGCCUGGUAGAAAGUCUACACUGCUCUCCGCCGGAAAAAAAGCCAAGCUUAAGACGAGACCUAGUCGGGUUCGAUUUGCCGAAAGCGUUUGCGUUAAUGGAGCUCCUCUAUUUCCGCCAUCUGCUUUCUCGCUGGGUGAUAUUUGCGUUCCGCCAAUGGCAAAUGUUUUAAAGGUUUUUCUAGAAAAUGGACAGACCAAAUCCUUCAAAUAUGACGCCACCACCACAGUACAGGAUGUGGUCACUUCGCUGCUGGACAAGUUGUGUUUUACUACGGGAGAAAUAUUCAGCCUGGUCUUGGAACACGUUAAAAGUCUUAAACGCAACAAACUUACUUUGCUAGAUCCCGAAGAAUCCCUGGCAAAAAUUGCCUCCAGGCCUGGCGCUCAUAAGUUGCGAUGUCUGUUUCGGGUAACGUUUGUACCUAUGUCGGCUGCAGAUUUGGCACAAAAGGACCUGAAUGCUCUGGACUAUUUGUACAUGCAGUGCUGCAAUGAUGUUACACAGGAAAGAUUUGCUCCCGAGCUGCAGCCGGAUGUUGCUUUACGCCUGGCUGCCUUACAUAUGCACCAACAUGCCCUGGCAAAUGGUGUACACCCAUCAAAGCUAACCGUAAAAGUCGUAGAACGGGAGUUUGGACUUGAAAGAUUUUUGCCCACCACUUUGUCGGAAGGUAUGAAACGAAAGGAACUGAGGCGAUUGAUUUCACAUUUUCUUAAAAUGAAUGCGGAGAUGACGGGUUCGUCGGGUAAAGUCCUGACACAGCUACAGGCCAAAUUACAUUACUUGGACAUCAUUGCCAGCUUGCCCAGUUACGGAGCAAAGUGUUUUAGCACCAACCAAAGGGAGGGCGUGGAAAGGGUUCUGCUGGUGAGUCCCAGGUUUGGUCUGAGUCAGAUAUCAAGUGCCAGAAAUUCUGUGCCGCAAGCAAUAUCAUCCAUUGAAGAUUUCAGCCGCGUCGUUGUCGAUAGAGAGGACGACGUAACUUGCAGCGUAUGUAUAUACAUGCAAGGCGAUCGCUUUGUAAAAUUUUUCAUGGAGGACAGGGAUGCUUGCGAGUUCUCGUUAUGCCUUGCGGGCUAUUAUAGGUUAAUAUCAGGUAAACCUCUUCCUAUCUCGCGAGAACGAGAUCCCGUGGAUGAGGACAACGCCCCUUCGUAUUUAUCACAGCAUACUGUUCUGCCCGCCGCAUGGAGUUAUUUGGCGCCCUUUCAAAGCAGAGCCCACUCGAUGAGCUUCAUUGUUUCACCGCCAUAUCAUCCGAGCAAAGUCCGCUUAGAAGACAAUUGCAGUGAUUUUGGUGAGGGAGUUUCCACUGGAGCUCGGACCAACUCAAAUUUAAAUCACAUGGUAAACGUGAACUCAACAGCAAAUAUGCCGUUGUUGUCGACAACAACUAUGGACUUGGACAUACACAGUGUUGUGGCCACUGAGCUUUUGGAGGAGGCCAAAGAUUCCGGAAUGAGCGACAGCAGCGGUGGCGGCGGCAGUAACUGUGGUGACCGAUCGCAAUCCAAAAACGAGGAAGUUCUUAGGCGAGUUCAAGAAAUGCAGCAAAUGGUUGAAAACUCAGAGCAAUAUUUGAACGAACAGGACGAGUUGGUUCAGGACUAUAGUAGGUCAACCAAAGAAAACACUACCUAUGGCUCUUCUUGGCAAAAUUCACCCAGUGCUCUAAACAGUGGCUCUGGCAAUGCGCCCGGCGUAAUAGAAUUUGACAGCGACUGUGACAGUUUAAACAGCAGCAAGUUGUCAUCCAAUGAAGAAACACCCCCGCAACAAGGAUCUCUGAGACAUAGUGAUUCGUUAAUGCUGUUGGCUGAGACAAUUAACCAUGACUUAACGGGCAUCACGCAAGGACUUAUCUCUAUUGGGGAGAAGCCUGCAGAAGUUAGGCGUAAAAAACCUGCGCUUACCGACACCUCCAGUCCCAGGCCAGAGCGUAAAGUCAACGGCUUCAGUCAACUACUCAGUAAUUUGCAGGCCCUGGGAGAGUUUUCUCAAAGUGAGAGUGACUCGGAGUCGAUCGCAUCCCCCACCAAUUCCCCUACCACACGAAGGCCUUCGUUGCUAAAUACCAAUGAGAAAUCUAAUCGAAAGCAAAAUCUAGAUUACCGGUCAAGUUUUGGCCUACACAGCCCGGACAGCAAUAACUUUGGUAUGGAAACAAAGGACUACAAUCUCAAGGAAUAUUUGAAGCAGCUGAAGGAAAUAAGCAAUGUUGAUACUGUGAACCAAGACACCGACACUGCAGCUAAAAAACUAUCUGAAAUAUAUGGAUUCGAAAUAAGAGAGGAUACUUUUAUUGAGACAGAUAGCGAUUUGAUCGAUCUUCGUGCCAUACCCCCGCCGCAGACGCCGGAUGAACUGGAUGCACUGUCAUUGUUAAAUGCAGCACCAAAAGGCUUUGGCGAUUUCAGUAAAAAGUCAUUUUCUGAUAUGGCAGACCAAGAUUUGGAUAAAUUCCUAGAAAAGGUUGUGGUAGCACCUCCAACCCAUAAAGCUACACCAGCAAAGGAGCUAACACCAGAAGAAAUAAUGUCGUUUAUUAUACCACCACCCCCAAAUUUGGAUGACAUUGACAAAAACUCACAUACAAACGACGAUGUGCUCAAUGAAAGUCUUUACAGUAAUUCAUCACAGGUGAAAAGGGUAGGUCGACCGCUGUCUCCUCCAAAAUCUAUUGAAGAGAAUAAAGGACAUGUUAUUGAGUAUGCCACAGUGGAGAGGAAGAGUAAAUUUUCCUGCUGUCCAAAAUCAAGGAAAGAUGACACAACUGAGACUAGCGAAGAUGCAACUGUCAAAUUGAAGUUGCCACCGAGAUCUCAGUCAGUUGAUCAAGCCGCACCAGCAAGACCACCAAAAAGCGUCGAACUCCUUCAACGUUAUUCGCCAAAAAAGAUGUUGCCAUCUUCUCCAUCUCCAGUGCCUGUACGAAACGGGCCUCAGUCCCAAGCACCGGAAGAGUCCCCACCACUGUUGCCACCUCGCACAAUUUUAAAUAAUAUGCGACCCACGACACAAGAGGAACCCGAUGCUGAUCGUACGUUUAUGUCUCCCAUGGUGAGUUCCUUGGCCCCAAAGAAACCUCCAUUGCCUCCAAUAGCUACGAGACCAAUACUAAGAAAAAGCCCUUUACCUAUGAACAAUCCUGGCGCCAUUGACGUAAAAAUAUCCACACAUCCUCUACCAAUACCACAUAUUCAGGGUCGGAACUACCACUCCUCAUCAAACAAUUCCACAGUUCAUAGUCCACCAUUAACGAUUACGCAAAGUCCAACUGCAUUUUCAAUCCAGCAUCUAAACCAACAGUACUCGCCAACAAAUCGAGAACAACGACAAGCACAGGCACCGCCAUAUCCGCUCCUUAAUUCCCCCCAAUCAAGUAGAAAGAAUAACAACGGCAGCCCCUUGGGCAAUUUUCACACAAGCUCUCGACCCAUUCCGACAACAGGUGCAAAGUUGAUUAUAAAAAAUGGUCAUAUUAUUGACGCUGAAGCAUUGUUGGCGAAGACAGACGUAGCCAUGGCAGGGCUAUUGGUGAAGUUAGAUCAAGUAGCUGCCCAGUGUACAGCAGCCCAGGCCGCCGGUGGUGGUUCAAGUAUAGAUGAGGAGAAAUUCCAAAGGGCUCGCAACGAACUGACCGAGCAAACAUUAGUCUUAGUAACAGCCUCAAAAUAUCUUGUGGUAGCCAUGUCGGACUCCACCCUUUCGACGACUUUGCCAGAACACCUAACCUCGUGUCUUACAGCUAUACGACGAAUUACCGAGUUGACACAGGACAUGACACGACAUACAUCUGCACCUCUGCAAACAAGAAAUAUUGUUUUGAAAGUGCACGAUGUGGAAUCAAGCUUUCGCGAAUUGGUUGCUGUGCAAAUGGGCAACGCCGGACAGUUGGCUCUGCAGGCGGAAUGUUUGGCCAAUGUUCUGGCAACACUGCUUCGAAGUCUUAGGGUAUUCUCACCUUAAAUAACCACCCGACCAACUCCCUUUUGCCACACUUCCGACAUAUCUAUCAACAAAUCUUGAUGUAAUAUAUUUAUAACCGAAUCUACUUGUUCUUACUUUGUUACAGGUCAAAAAGUAAUGCGUCUGCUCCCUUUCUAAAUCAUUAGCAUAUAGGUACAUAAUUAAAUCUUCUUCUGCAUAGAUUACAAAUCAUAAUAAUCAAAAGUAUACACAGCUCAAGCUAGUGACAUUUAUUACCCUACCAAUUAAUCGAAUGAACCAAUUAUAAGGAAUUGUCUUACUCUAGGAUCGAGGUACAUUGUUGUUUGUGGCGAAUAUUCCACAUUUGCAUGACACGUAGUUAACCCUUUUUUCAGUUUACACAACAUGGUACAAUGAUACAAGGUACAAAAUGAAAAUUCCGACAGUAGGGCCCGUAUUUCAGAAGUUUGCUUUUCAUUUUUCGAUUUCUUACAAAAGGAGUAACAAUUGAUAAUAAACGGUCAUGGUUUAUUUAAAAAUUAAGUUGUGUAUGUAUUAUAUGUAACAACAAUUUUCAUGCUGAACCAGCUGAAUUUGUAUAUUUUAAGAGGAAUUGUCAUAUUAUUAAAAGUAGUACAGUAGCACCCAUCAAUUUGAAGCAAAAAACCAUACAAUUUAAAAUUGAUUAGAGUCGAAACCAUUGCCCUACUCAAACCCCUUUAAACAAAAUCACACAGGAGGCGAAUUCGUACCUUAACAGCCUGUUUUUAUAACAGUAUUUUUUUUUCUUUCGUUUGGAAAUUUGGCGAAAUAAAAUAUAUUUUGUCAGUGACAAACCCAAAACGAUAGGUGGAGGAUCUUUGUUUUGAAAAGAAAUUGGCGCUUUGUUACAGAAUCUCGCAAAAAUUGUAUGCGUAUAUGAACUAUUUUAACACAUCAAGAUUUUGCUGGCGCACCUUGCUGGUCCAUAUUCUUCAAAUGUUUUCCCGACAUUUAUCAAUUUAAUUUUACAAUUUUUUGAUGAAUUUUGAAUUUAUUGGGGUUGGCACAAUCAGCACAACUAAUGAAAUUAAAUAAAAUAUUUAAAAAAAAUAAUGGUUAUGGAAACACUUCCAAAAUAUUUAAAAACGCAAAUUAAAACGAAUACCUUUGAACACGAACGAUUCGAGUGAAAGCAAGUUUUUUUUUUACAAAAACAGGCUGUAAGUGUGUGUGUGUGUGUUUUUUUAAAUCCAUCAAAAGAAUAUUUUUUUAAAUAACACAUUUUGCGAAGCAAAAUAAGACACCUGUUGGCCUAUAUGUGUCGUCUUGUAAUGCACCCUACACCUUGAGUCUAAUUUGUAUCCAUUGUACCAUGAUAGAGUAAACAAAAACACAAGUGUAAGUGAAACAUGAGCGCAAAAUAUAACAUAUAAGUACACAAAUCGGCUACUCAAAUUUAAACAAAUAAUCAAAAUUUUGACUUGUGAUAAUGAAUCAAGUUUAAUGAUUUCCAUUAUGAAAAACCUUUUUAUUGAAGCUAUAAAUGCACGACUCGCCUUCACGAACAUAACCAAAAAAAAAAAUAAUUACAACUAUUGUCAUAUCGAAUCCAUCUAAUGUAUUCACCACAAAGCCUUAUUUACACCGACACCAAUGUUACAUAUUUUACGGGGAUGCGUGAUUUAUUUGACGUUUAUUUCAAAAAAAUUAAAAUCGAUGGAAACUGUUCGGUGUAAACAAGGCUUAACCCAAAAUAUCUAAAACAAUUUUAAUAACUAAUUUGAAAUCACUGCAAAAAUAGUUUUAAUGUGAGAUUUUAUCUUUGUUAAAGUUUGAGUAUUUACAUACUUCGCGUUUAUAUUGACAAUUUGUUAUAUCGUUUUAGUUUUUAUAGUAACAUUCAAUGUUGUUUUACUCCAGGACUCCGAACUAUUGUUUGAAGUUUAACGAUACACUCAGCUAAUCCCGAAUAUUUUGUUUUAAAUAAUUUUAAUAAGUUCCACAAAAAGCCAUAUCGAAUAAUUAUACGAGAAUGUACUGCAGACAAAUUCACAUAUACAUAUGCGCAUAUACAUACACAUACAUACACAUAAGGGUAUGUAAUGGAAACCAUUUCGAAUCGUUUCGGCAUAAAUCGUCAUGGAAUUUUGGAAAUAUAAUUUGAUAAGUGCAUUAUGCCAAAGAUAUACAAUAUGCGAAAUACAAUUCCGGUUCUACAAAUCGAACGAAUCGGUUUCCAUCACAUGCCUGUAGUGGGAUUCUCUAACUAUUUAACGAUUUUGCCAUUGCUUAUAAGUUUAGUAAUUCAAAACAAUCGGUAUUUAGUCCAAACUUAUAUUAGGCAAGUUUAUAGGUCUUGAUUGCUGAAAGCAAUGAGAACGAUGAAAAUGCCGCAAAUAAAUUCACCUAGUCUAAAUCUGGACUUAGAGAGGGAAAUAAUUCAGCCUCUAAAAACUACCGGUGGAUUUGAUUUCCUUUACUUUUACCUCUCUUCUUACUUGAAAGAAAAAAGUCUUUGAGAGUUAAUGAUUAUAGUCGAUAACAUUAAAAAAACGUUGGAGAAUCUCACUACUGAUAGAUAAUAUUCUAGUAUUGAAACUACGCCAAAUGUGCGUAGACAUAUUGUAAUCCAAUUAUUCGUAAACCAAAAAUUAAUACAUUUAAUAAAUUUAUCUUUAAUUCAAUAAUUAAAUAUUGUAUUUAACAAAUUACAAUUAAUCAUAAAAACAUAACAUGUAUUAAAUCCAGGCCACAAUUUGUGGUUUGUGUUUAGCUCGAAAAAAGAACCUAUCGACAAAUGAAACAAAAAAUAAUAAACUCAUCUCAGUUCACUGAGGACUAAUUAAAAAUA